AUGAAAAUCCUAUCGAUUCUCCAUGUGCUGGCCUUGGUAGCUUCGGCCGUGCCAGCGUCUCUGUUACCACCAUUGUUUCAAAGAAUUAACACUGGCUCCAUCAAACCAACUGGUUGGCAGCUUAACCAGGCCAAGGUACGACAUAAAUUAACUCUCAAAAGCAUGCAUGUCUCAAUGAUACUCUUCUUUGAGAUCCAAGCGGAUGGUCUUGCGGGGCACCUUCGGGAUUUCGAUGCUUACGUCAAUGGUUCUAUCUGGGUCCCAGGAGGCUCCAUUGAAUAUUCCGAGAUGCACGAGUCUGCUCCGUACUGGUUCAACGGCAUGGUUUCACUCGCUUUCCAGCUAGAGGACCAACGUCUUUUGAAUCAAGUGCGAGAGUUUCUAGACUGGACGCUAGACCACCAAGGCGACGAUGGUUGGAUUGGGCCUGAACCCUUCGUUGCUAAUGCAACCGUUCCGCGUCUGGUUUGGCCGCGUUAUCUUGUUCUUAUGGGCCUCAUCCAAUACGCCGAGGCCGAUCCAACCCAAGCUCCGCGCAUAUUAGACGCGAUGCAUAAAUUUCUUCAUCUGGCCAACACAAUCUGGAAAACGAAUCAAUUUGGAGCUCCCUCUCUUGGCUUUCAAUUCAACUAUCAAUAUGUUCGAUGGGAAGAGGUAUGUGCUCCGCUCCAAGACGACCUCACCGUUAAUCCCUUGAUCCUCGAGGCAUACAAGGCGGAUGAGCUUAUCGAAACGAUGAAACUUGUUCGAGACACUGGUUUUUCUUGGAAGGACAACUGGUUUCAGCCUGGCAUCUUUCCCCAGGCAAGUUGCACUCCGUCAUAUGUGGCAACCUGCACGGCUGAGUCCACUUCCAGGUUUCAGACACAAAAUUUAGCAUGCAAAGUCACGGGGUCAAUACGGGCGAAGGUCUCACUGACUCUGAAAUCCGAAGCAUUGGCUUUUCGCUUCACCGGGGACCCCACCGACAAGCAGAACACUUUCGAUCGCAUUGAUAUGCUGUAUAAAUAUCAUGGUCGCGCUUCAGGCACAUUCGGUGCGGAUGAGCACUAUACCGGCCUCGAUCCCUCACGAGGAACUGAACUUUGCGCGGUUGUGGAGCAGAUAUUCUCUCUUGCAUUGAUUUACCAGAUGUUUGGCAACAACACCAUUGCUGAUCGCGCAGAGAAAAUAGCUUACAAUGCUCUCAACAAGGCUCUUAACCAAAUUUGGGCCAAAGUAAUGGACCCAGCGCCGUGGGGGGACAAUGGACCGACGUCGAACGUCUUUGGUUUUGAACCUAAUUAUCCUUGCUGCACUGUCAACCACCCUCAAGGAUUCCCGAAGUUUUGGUCGCAUGCCUUCUUCACUCAGCCCUCCUCCAAUUCCAUCGUACAUGUCUUCCUUGGGCCAUUUUCUGUCGCGACUGCUUUGCCCGGUCAUAACAACGUUCACAUCAAUGUCGAUACACUCUAUCCGUUUGGCACCGCCCUGACAUAUACUCUCACCGCGACCAAGCCAUUCACGUUCAAGCUGCGUGUGCCAGAAUGGGCCAAGAACAGCGCACAGAGCACCAUUGCCAUCAACAAGGGCAAGCCAACUCGUCUUCAACCUGACGCAACAUCGCUGCACAGUAUCGCGAUUGCGGCUGGCCAGACGGUUUUGCAUGUCAGCCUCAAUGCGCCAACAGAGAUCGAAACACGCUUCAACGGGGCUGUGGCCAUCACGCGUGGACCGCUCAACUUUGCGGUUGAAAUCGCGUAUAAUACCACCGUGACCCCGGGCCUCCGGUCAGCUCAGGCAGUUGGCGAUGUGCUCCGUUUGUACCCAAACGCUCCCCCGCAAUACGUCACUCAGUUUGAUAAUCACACUCACGACAACACACUCCUGCCGACUGGUAAAUGGGCCCUGGCCAUCGAUCCGUCUACCAUCCAGGUCCACGAUCUCUCUUCCAGCACGAACGCGAUCCCAUUCUACGCAUGGGCCCCUGGAAACUCGCCAAUUACCAUGACCGCUGCCGCGUGCGAUAUCGAAUGGGGGCUGACACACUCAACGGCGUCGCCCCCGCCACAGAGCCCCGUUGCGUGUCUCAGCGAUGAUCGGUUCAGUGUCAAAUUGGUGCCUUUUGGAGCGGCCAAGAUACGUCUGGGCGAGGUUCCAGUCAUGAUUUAA